GGAGAGAGAGACGGAGCGAGUAAGCGACAGACGGACAGACAGACACUAGUGCUGAUUAGGAGAGCGGGCUGGAGAACGACAGACACUAGUGCUGAUUAGGAGCGAUGUGCUACUUACUACUCUGAAGAGCUGAAGCACCCUGUGGGCCUGGUCUGGACCUACUGUUCUGACUCUGGACUCCCUGAUAACCUAGGACCCAGGAGGGCUCACUGAGACUGGGUUCCUCUGAACCCCUUCUCCCUGCCCUCCCAGACACAUGCAAUGAGACAUGGACUGGCCCACAAAUGACAGUCAACUGAAAGAUGAGGGCUGCCUGCAGCAGUGGCUGGAGGCUUUUGUGGCUUCCUUUGAGAAGCUUGUUUAUGUGCAGUCACUGGAGCCUCGCAGGCUGGAGAACUAUAUUACGGAGGUUCCCCUCAUACCCAGGGACAUACUGGUGUUCUUCAGUGACCAGCUAUCACACAGUGCCAUUCACCUCUCUGGGGGCGACAGUAACAACAGCACCCCUGCACCCCUGCUGCUUAUUAAGUUCUUCAUUAUCGUCUGCAGGAAUAUGGAAAACAUUGACCCAGAGAAGACCCCAGGCUUUGUCUUCGAGACCAUUAAACUGUUAAACUUCUGCUUGACUCAGCUGAAGAAGCAGCCUGCGGAUCAGUCGUCCCUCCAGACAGUGAUUCAGUAUGGCCUAAUGCUGUUGGAGAGUCUCUUUGACCCUUAUAAUACAUGGAGGAGACGCCUGACAGGGGAGGAGGUGAGCAUGGUGGAGAGGAGCAAGUAUAAGUUCUCCCCUCUCCCCUUAACAGAGGAGCUGCCUGCUCUAUUCCAUGACAGCCUGCAGGACAGCCAGCAGAUCCCAGAGGACCUCGCUCUCCGAUUGGUCCAUCUCCAAGGGGCUGUCAUCAGUGGCAGCAAGAAGAACGGCCUGCUCUCCAUCACCCUGCAGUCUGUGGAGGACCUUCUUUCUGUACUCCGAGCCUGGUGCCUCCGGACCUCCUCCAACCCCAAGGACCCCACGCUGCUACGGCUGACCCUGCAGUGCCUGACUGCAAUGGUGCAUACCCUCCACUCCAGUAGUCCUGCAGAGCGCCGGCUGGAGAUCAGGACCGUGUUGGAUGGCUACUUCCAGGUCCUGAACUGGAACCGGCCUCCAGGGUUAGGGAACGAGCAGGAGGACGGGCAGAGCUGGGAGGAACACCUCAUCACUCUCCAGAGUCACAUGCUGACUUCAGUGCCUGAGAUCCUGCAGUGUUCAGACAGACCGGUGCUGCAGGCCAUCUUCCUCAACAACAACUGCUUCGAACACAUCCUCCGACUCAUCCAGAACAGCAAGCUCUAUCACAGUAAAAGGUGUAGGUCGGAGCGUGAGGGGGUGUGUGACCUCACCACACGUUUGCUCACGGACACAGAGAUGGAAGUAGACCAGGUUUUGGAGAAAGGUUCCGACUGCAUUACAGUCCAUGCCCUCGGAGUCCUCACAUCCAUCAUGAGUAACUCCCCUUCUGCCAAGGAGGUUUUCAAGGAGAGGAUUGGCUACUCCCAGCUGUUUGACGUGCUGAAGAGUCAGGGUCAGCCCACUAAACGCCUGCUGCAGGAACUCAUGAACAUGGCGGUGGAAGGGGAACACGCCCACACCCAUCACCUGGGUGUCAGUAACGACCAGCCCCUCCUCCUCCUCCUACAGUGGCUGCCUGACCUGGCCCCCCAGAGGGACCUGCAGCUCCUGGUAGCCCAGUGGUUGGCUGCGGUCUGCGGGGGCUCCCUGGCCUGCCGUACGGUGGCUGUGGAGGCCGGCCUGGUGGGGGCUGUGCUCCAUGUCCUCUCCCAGCCACAGAGACUGGACCGCCAGUGUGCCGAUUGCCUCCUGGGGAUGUUACAGGAUAUGGGGUCUCUCUGUCUGAGGCCUGCUGAGCUGAAGUCUCUGUUGAGGCUGCUCCGACCCCUCGACCAGGGGCAGGACGUGUUGGCAGGGAAGAGGACAGGGACACACCCUUACUGCGCCCGCAUCAUCCGGGUGCUGGCGGCGAUGGCGGCCAGGGUAGGGAGGAACAGCGCCCUGCAGUAUUUUGACCUGACCCACCCCCUGGCAGGGAUCAUGGUGCCCACGGUCCAGCGCUGGGCAGGCAGUGGGUUUUCCUUCCACGCCUGGCUCUGUCUCAACAUGGACUUCCCACAAUACCACUCAGAGUUCUCCACGCCCAGCACCCGCCCGUCUGCUGGGGCACCAGGGGCUGCAACACGGGGUAUGGGCAAAGGCCCCCGCAGGAAACAGCUGUACAGCCUGUUGACAGCCGGUGGUACAGGUUUAGAGGCUUUCUUCACCAUGGAGGGAGUGUUGGUGGUGGCUGUCUGCACUAAGAAAGACUACAUGGUCGUGUCCCUGCCAGAACACCCUCUAACAGACUGCUGCUGGCACUCUGUGGAUAUAGUCCAUAUUCCCGGCCGCCGUCCUUUCGGUCAGAAUCUGGUCACCAUCUACAUCGAUGGAGAACAGCGCAAGACAGCCCAGCUCCGAUUCCCCUCGCUCAAUGAGCCUUUCACCUCCUGUUGUAUUGGCUCAGCAGGCCACCGUACCACUACCACCACCACCUCCCCCACCCUGCCUCCCCCCUCCCUCCACCCAGCAGAGAUGGGCUUCCCCGCCCACGCUCCCCCCAUCACCCGCUCCCAGUCCUUCCCAGCCUCCUUUGCGGCAGGCCGCUGGGGGCCUGGGCCCCUGCGUGAUGCUCCCGUCCACACCAUCCCCGCCGGGCUGCAGGAUACGGAGUGGGGCACGCCCACCUCACUGGACGGGCUCCUGGGGACCGCCUUCAUCUGUCAUGAGGCCCUGCAGCCAGCGCACACCAAGGCCCUAUACACUGCUGGCCCCAACCAUGUGUCCCUGUUCAAGGCAGAUGGAGAGCUGUCGGACCUCAACAGUAAACUCCUGCUCUACUACACUCCUCAGGCCUUCAAGAGUCAGAUCUGUGUGGACCUGUCUCCUAACCACCAGUAUGAUGGCAGACUGACAGGCCACAGGGUGGUGAACUGGGACAUCAAGGAUGUGUUGAACACAGUGGGGGGCAUGGGGGUUCUACUGCCCCUCCUGGAACAGGUGUGUGAGCCAGAGCAGGCGGAGGGAGGAGGUCAGGAGACGUCAGACCUGCUGGGACCAGAACUAACCUGUAGCUCCUCCCGGGGGCCUGUCGGCAUGCUGCUGCCACUGGGCAAGUCCUCCGAUGGUCGGCUGGAGAGGAACAGUGUAGCAGCCUUCCUGCUGAUGGUGAAGAAUCUGAUUCGUCAUCACCCUGUCAACCAGGAGAGCCUACUGAACUGCCACGGACCCAGCAUUAUAGGAGCCAUGCUCACUAAGGUCCCAGGUAGUAUGAUGGAUAUGUCUGUUCUGAUGGCGUGUCAGUUCCUGUUGGAGCAGGUAUCCAGUGAGGAGAACAGUCCGUUGCUCCUGCAGCUCUACCAACACCUGCUAUUUGACUUCCGCAUCUGGAGCAGCAGCCACUUCGCUGUGUGUCUGGGCCAUGUCCAGUACCUGUCGUCUGUGAUCAAGGAUGGGAAGCAGCGCAUGAGGAAGAAGUAUGGAGUGCAGUACAUCCUGGAUACCAUACGGACACACUACAGUGUGGAGAAAGAUGGCAGUCCUCUGUCUGAUGAAAAGCAGACUGUUCAGAUCUCUCUGUUCUCUCUGCUGAGAGACUUCCUCCUGAAGUGUCCUACUGCUGAAGAGCUCCACAGCAUCUUGGCCUACACACUGGCUAUAGGAGAAGAGCAGCAGGUGGUGAGUGCGUUAGAUGUGGUUUACAGUCUGUUGAGGAGCAGCCCUCCCAGAGAGCAGGUCCAGGCUGUACUGUUGGAGUGGGGAGUAGAACAGCUCUACUGUCUGCUGCUCAAACCCAGCUUUGGAGAUGAGGUCAGGGAGAGAGUCUUCAGGGUUCUGUACAAGAUCCUGAAGAGUGAACGAGUGUCUGAGCGCGCCAAGCAACGUGUCAAGUUGAAGGAUUUUGGAUACCUGGGUCUUGUUUGUUUUCUAGGAGACGUCCCCGUAACCAUGACCACCGUGCGCUGUCUUUACGAGCAGGUCCUCGCUACAGAUGCCACUCCUAACUUCAGAGACCUGCUGGCUGUGGUCCAUCUGUCCCAUCGUGCUGAGCUCACUGUCCGUCUGGACGUCUGUCGCAAGCUCUUCUACCUGAUCUAUGACAAUGAGGACUAUGUUCGUCAGCUGGCCCGUCAGCCAGGCUGGCAGGAUGUGUUAACUAAGCUCUAUAUGAAGGAGUCCUAUGAGUCUCGCGGUCCCUCCCUGGCAGGCUCCAGCACCCACAGCUCCCUGGACCCCUCCUCCUCCCGCCCCCCUCUCAGGAGAGAUCACAGCAUGGUGAUAGAGGACUCUCAGUACGCUCACACAGACGUCUUCCUCCCUUACACCUCGCCGGACGAUGAAGAGGAGGAGGAGGGAGACGGCGAGGGCCUGGUAGGAAGGAAUAUCUCAGAGCGUUUCUCCGACCUCUCUCGGUCUUCCCCUAACAGCAGUGGAGGCACGUUGAAGGACUUUGACGACUCUCUCCAAUUUAAGUCGUUUGACUCGGUAGAGCAGGGGAGCCGCUCGUCCUCCCUGUCCAACACCGUGGACAUCCCCUCCGGUCGGCCCCAAGAGGAGGCUCUCUACCACCCUCUGUCCCCCUUCGGCACCUCGCCCUUUGAGCUGGAGCUGGGGGGUAUGAGGGGUGAGACGGGGACAUGGAACCACAACCCUGUGGGGGGUAGUCAGGCAGGCACCCCCUCCCCCCUGGAGCACAGCCGGUCGUUCCCCUCUCUGAGACCCAGGAAGAGCUCCAGUCUGUCCAACGUGCUGGACGACACCAACUAUGGAACUGACCCCCGGGCAGCUGACACCAUCUCCAACACCUCCAACCCACAGAUGCCAGAGGAGGAGCUGUGUAACCUGCUGACUAACAUCGUGUUCUCUGUGCUGUGGUGCGGCAGCGGGUCGGAGGGGGGGGAGGACGCCGUGUGGAGGGAGAGGGGACAGGUCUUCUCUGUCCUCACCAAGCUGGGCUCCUCCUGCCAACUGGUCCGCCCGCCUGACGAUAUCAAAUGCAGUCUGUUAGAGAUGAUGCUGGAGUCUUCUCUGUCAGACCUGAGGGACUCUCAGGGUGUCUCUCUACCAUACUUCCCCAGUCUACUGCGUCUCCUCAGGCUGCUCCAGGACUUCCUCUUCUCAGAGGGAACAGACAACCAGGCCCUGUGGAGCGAGAAGAUCUUUGAGGGGGUGGUGAACCUCCUGGACAGACUACAGGCGUGGCACAGCACCCCUGGUACCCCCGGGGCUCUGGAGCUCAGAGAGAUGGCUCAGAUCGGCCUGCGCAUCAUCACCGGCUACAUCCAGCAACAGGACUCACAGGUGUCUGUAAUGGCCUGCGUUAAACUCCACAGCCUCCUACAGACAGUUCUGUCUCUGGGCUGGGACGAGGUGUGCUUCCUGCUGGGGCGACUAGGUGCCCCCCUGUGGCCCGGCGGGGUAAUGGAGGCGGGCCCCAACGGAAGACACACGGAGACCUUUUCUCAGCUGGUGCCCAUCGUGCGUACCCUCCUGGAUCAACACGCUGACCCCGUGACCCUGCACGGCCUGCUGCCCAGCCUGCCAGUCACCAACGGCAGCCCCACCUUCGCCCAGGACCUCCAGAGCUACAGCCACACAGUAGAGUGGCUGGACUUCUACCAACGCCACGUGCAGCCCACCAUGGAGCAGUAUGAACUGGAUCAGUUUGGGAAGAGUCAUGACCUCAUGUCUAACUUCUGGAACUCGUGCUUUGAUGACCUGAUGAGCACUGCCAUACGGCGGGACAAAGAGAAGACCUACAGCAAAGACAAGUUCCAGGAGGUGAUAGUGGACCCGUACCUGAGGCGGGUCCGCAGUGAAAACAGCCGUUACCACAGUGGUCAGAAACAGAGCUCCGGCCAGCAGGGAGUAGUGUGGCGCCACUGGGAGUCCCUCCGCAGGCUGCUCACCAGCGAGAGAGGGGCCUGGGCACACAGAGUCCCACUAGAGGUGAAAUGGAAGUUGUCCGGCGCGGAGACGUACUCUAAGAUGCGUCUGAAACUAGUGCCUAACUACCAGUACGACACUCACCAGGAAGCCAGCGCCUUCAGAGACAAUAUGGGAGCUGAUAGUCCUCGCAGUUCAGAACCCCUCCCAUUGGCUGUUGCCAAGGAGGCCAAAGUGAGUGACAUGGAGGAUGACCAGUUAGGAGAAGAGGACAUUGUCUUUCUGGACAAUAAGGUGGACGGGGAGGACGACAGUCAGAAGGAGAAGCUGGUUCUGUCGGAGGACUGUGAGCUCAUCACCAUCGUGGCGGUGGUUCCGGGUCGGCUGGAGGUCACCACACAUCACCUGUACUUCUACGACGCCAGCAGCGAGAAGGAGGAGACGGAAGAGGGAAUUGGUUUUGAUUUCAAGCGGCCCCUGUCUCAGCUGAGAGAGGUGCACCUGAGACGCUACAACCUGCGUCGCUCUGCUGUGGAGCUGUUCUUCAUCGACCAGUCACACUACUUCAUCAACUUCAAGAAGAAGGUGAGGAACAUGGUGUACUCUAGGAUCCUGGGGCUGCGGCCCCCCAACCUCUUCUAUUUCGGCUCCCGCUCUCCUCAGGAGCUCCUCAAGGCUUCUGGACUCACACAGAGAUGGGUAUGCAGAGAGAUUUCCAACUUUGAAUAUCUGAUGCAACUGAACACCAUCUCUGGACGUACCUACAACGACCUGUCUCAGUACCCUGUGUUCCCAUGGGUGCUGAGUGACUACACCUCUCCAGAUCUGGACCUGGAGAACCCAGCCGUGUUCAGAGACCUGUCCAAACCCAUGGGAGUAGUCAACCCCCGCCACGCACAGAACGUCAGGGAGAAGUAUGAGAGCUUUGAGGACUCAACGGGCACCAUAGAUAAGUUCCACUAUGGAACACACUACUCUAACGCUGCAGGAGUCAUGCACUACAUGAUCCGUAUGGAGCCCUUCACUACCCUCCACAUCCAGCUGCAGAGUGGCAGGUUUGACUGUGCAGACCGUCAGUUCCACUCUGUAGCAGCAGCCUGGCAGGCUCGCAUGGAGAGUCCCGCUGACGUCAAGGAGCUCAUCCCAGAGUUCUUCUACUUUCCAGAGUUCCUGCAGAACAUCAACGGGUUUGACCUGGGCAGUCUGCAGAUGACCCAGAACAAUGUGACUGAUGUUCUGUUACCACCAUGGGCCUUGUCUAGAGAAGACUUCAUCAGGAAACACAGGAAAGCUCUGGAGUGUGAACACGUUUCCUCUCACCUCCAUGAGUGGAUUGACCUGAUCUUUGGCUGCAAGCAGAGAGGGGAGGAGGCGGUGGAGGCUCUCAAUGUCUUCUACUACUGCACCUAUGAAGGUGCGGUGGAUCUGGACGCCAUAGCCAAUGAGACGGAGCGCAAGGCCCUGGAGGGCAUCAUCAGUAACUUUGGACAGACGCCCUGUCAACUACUCAAGGAGCCACACCCUCCUCGUAUGUCAUCAGAGAAUGCAUCUAGGAGGCAGGCCCGCAUGGACACUCUACCCCCCAACCUGUUUGAACAGCUCGACAAACUACGCCCUUUUAAGGAGGUGGUGUGUGAUGGGCGACCUCUGGUCCAGGCGGUGGUUCCUAGGAACCAGAACCGCUCCUUUAUCAUCCAGGGCUCUGACGUACUGGUGACAGUGAGUUCUGACGGCCUGAUUGGGACCCACAGCUGGCUGCCUUACGAUAAGAACAUCGCCAACUACUUCACCUUCACCAAGGACCCCACCGUGGCCAAUCCCAAAACCCAGCGGUUCCUCAGCGGUCUCUUCGCCCCAGGGGUAGAUCUCAGUACCCAGGUGUUGGUGGUGUCCAACGAUGGCCGUCUGCUGUUCAGUGGAGGACACUGGGACUGCAGCCUCCGAGUCACCCAGCUGGGAAAGGGCAAACUGGUGGGCAGGAUCUGCCGACACAUCGAUGUGGUGACAUGUCUGGCUCUGGACCUCUGUGGUAUCUACCUCAUAUCUGGUUCCAGAGACACAUCCUGUAUCGUGUGGCAGGUUCUACAGCAGGGUGAGUUCUCCAGUGGUCUCUCUCCUCGUCCAGUGCAGGUCCUCUGUGGACACGACCAGGAGGUCACCUGUGUGGCCAUCAGCACCGAGCUGGACAUGGCUGUCUCUGGGUCAAAGGAUGGUACUCUGAUAAUCCACAGUGUACGUCGUGGCCAGUUCCUCCGUACCCUGCGUCCGCCCGCUGAGAGCUGCCUGCCAGCCCGGGUCACUGAGUUGCAGGUGGGCAUGGAGGGGCACAUUGUGGUACAGACCGCCCUGGAGGGACGCACUGCUGGAAAGGAGAAGUACUCCCUCCAUGUUUACUCUGUGAAUGGCUGUCUGCUGUCGUCUGUCAGCCUGGAGGAAGAGGUGACAGCUCUCUACCUGGUCCCUGAGUACAUCAUUCUGGGGACCCAGCAAGGAAACCUACACAUCAGACACCUGUACAGUCUGGCGCUGGCGGUGUCUCCUCUGCCGUUGAAGGUGGCUGUGAGGAGUGUGUCGGUGACCAGAGAGAGUAGCCACAUCCUGGUGGGCCUGCAGGAUGGAAAGCUCAUCGUGGUGGGGGCUGGGAAACCAGAGGAGGUACGCUCGGGUCAGUUUUCCCGUCGGCUGUGGGGCUCAACACGCCGAAUCUCUCAGGUUUCCUCAGGAGAGACAGAAUACAACCCCACUGAGACUUCUGGGAAGUGAGGGUCGCCAUGAAAACAUAUGGAAAGCAAUAUUAUCGUAGCCUGUUAGGCUCACCCGAGGCAAGGUUGAUGGCCGACACCCAAAUGGCAUCCUAUUCCUAUAUAGUGCCUAUUGGGUUCUGGUCAAGGACAGCAGUAUAUAGGGAACAGGGUGCCAUUUGGGACACAGACAUUUUUCUACCCACCAGCAGUGGAUUUGCUGGAUCAGAAUGAAGGGAGUAGAGACCCUGGAUGUUGGCGUCAGAAAGCCCACCCAGAACUUUACUGGACUGAUUGACUGUUAAACGGCCUCUCCAAACUUCUCUGGGUCCAAACCUCUCUGGGUCCAAACCUCUAUGGGUUCAAGCCUCUAUAGGUCCAAACCUCUAUGGGUUCAAGCCUCUAUGGGUUCAAGCCUCUAUGGGUUCAAGCCUCUGAGCGCUCCGAGAGAGACAUGAUAAACAAAGGCUUUUUUUUCUACAAAAGGGAAAAUAAAAUAUUUUUUGAUUUAGGUGGUUUUAUACUCUAUUUUUAAAAAGGCAUCAUUCCAAAGAUGACUCGUGUUUUGUAGACAAGAAAGGAGACUCUGUUUGAUGUGACUCCCAACCCCUUUUACUGGGUUGUUCCGAGGCCAGUUGUGUGGCAAUGGCACCUUGUCUAAAACUCCUUGAAACUUGAAAACGAUAAACGUUGCAAGAGAUUUCCAUGGUGAAGUACCAGUGUAGACCACUAGAGGGUGGGAUUUCUCUCUCUACAUGUGUGCAAUCCUGCUGAAAAUAAAAUGCAAUAUGGUCCAGACGGUAUGUGCGGUUUGUAUUGUCACAUGAUGGAUGGUGAUGUUCACAACAAAUGAACCACUGUUGCCUUAAAUAGGAGAGAAGAGAUGUUGUAUGACUUGUACGGUAUAUAGCAUCUGUAUGUGCAGCUCACAUUACUGCUUUAGAGGAUUGCUUUGAUUGGUUGUGUGUUCCUGAUGUGUUGCCUGUGUUGCAUUCAUUAAUGACUCAUUUAGUUUGUCUGUGUCUUCAUCUUCACUCUUUACACAGAUACUAUUUUCCAGCAGAGAAUACCUUACUGUAGCUGUUGUUAUUGUUUCAAACUUGUUGUAACUGAAAAGUGCCUGUCAUCUUUCCCUCCCUCCCUCCUGGUCUGUCCAUCACUUUUUCUUCUGUAGCAGGCCGGUGUUUCACAGUGGCUCCAGUCUUCGUAAGGACCUGCGUGUCCUCGGCAACCAAACCUGCAUCACUUGUAACUAACGGUCAUAUUGUUGGUAAACUGUUAGACAGACAGCUGUUAAAGGGUCCUCAUCCAUCAGGGCGAUUUAACCUUUUAUACUGCUGGUAUCUUGUUAUUUUCUGAAGCACUGAGUUGAACCCUUUUGAACUAGAGAUGCCUUGUGUCCCAAAUGGCACUCUUUCCCCUAUUAUAGUGCACUACUUUUGCUCAGGGCUCCGGUCCAAAGCACUGCACCAUAUAGGGAAUAGGGUGCGAUUUGAGAGGCAGUCGUGGUGUCUGUAGAACACAUGGGUGGAAAGAUAGACUUGGGCUCCCAACGAGCCAGUAGAGGAAUGUACUUCCUGUGAAAACCCCCCUUUUUUCUGCGGUUGGGUUGGAGAGAGACUGUUGUUAUGCACUGUCAUGUUGGGAUGGAAGAGACGCAAAGGGAGCGUUCCAAAUAGCGCCAUGUGUAGUGCACUACUUUUGACCCGGGGCCCCAUAUAUGGUGGCAUUUGGGACUCAGUCACAAAGACAAAAGGGAACUGUUGGGGAAAUGCAAUGGCAACAAAAUCGCGUCUACCAGCUACCGUCUCCAGUCUCUACUAACAGGCUGCAAUCUGUGAUUGGAUGGAGAGUGAAUUUUUAGAGAAAAAGAGAGAAUAUUGCUGUAAUCUUUUCCACCAUUCCGGCUCUCUCAGUAGCACUUGAGUCUGGGAACGAGGUUAAUAUUGCUGUAACUUUGAUGGUUGUUUUACUGCGUGUCGCUAUACUAUGUGUUUAAAAGGUCAAGGGUCACAAUAUAUGGUAAUGCAUUAUUACAUGUCUGUGUUAAUGAUCUGGCUGUGAUGUUGACAGAAUGUCUGGGUUUUAUUGAAAAAGGUGGGCCUGAAAUGCCUGCAGAAAUGA